CACAGCGGUCAGUCUCCCUCUGGACAGUGAAGGAGGCAGAGCUGACUAGCUGUGCGGUCUCUGUCGAUUUCUGAGAAGGUGUGUGUUCGGCUGGCCUUAGUCUUCGUCCUUGCAGUUGACCCUGGGGUGAAAAUGAUCCUCUCUGUUUUUAUCUUUUGCAACAUUUUCAUGGCCAUGGCAGCCACACAUGGCCCUGACAGCAACCAUGGACACCACCAAGGUGGAGGACAAUCUGAGUACCGUUACUAUGGCCCUUUUGAUAGUGGUCCACUUACCAGGGGGUUGAUCGUAUGGCAUGGACCAGACGGCCCUCGGAUCAGAAAAGUUAUUCUGGGUACAUCAACCAGCAACCAAGGCACAUGGACGGGCCUUCCUGACGGUGCUAUCGGCGGUCUCGGACACGGUAGUCCUAGUAGAAGUUCUCCCUUCACUGGGCAGCUGCAUGGAAGUGGAGCCAGCAGCAUCCCUUUCAGCGGAAGCCAGUCAGGAACAGGAGUGGGUCACCUACAUGGGAGUGGAGCCAGCAGCUUCCCUUUCAGCGGAAGCCAGUCAGGAACAGGAGUGGGUCACCUACAUGGGAGUGGAGCCAGCAGCUUCCCUUUCAGCGGAACCCAGGCAGGAACAGGAGUGGGUCACCUACAUGGGAGUGGAGCCAGCAGCUUCCCUUUCAGCGGAACCCAGGCAGGAACAGGUGUGGGUCACCUACAUGGGAGUGGAGCCAGCAGUUUCCCUUUUGGUAGCAGUAGUCAGACUGGCACAGGUGUAGGUCACCUUCACGGGAGUGGAACUGGGAGCCUGCCUUUCAAUGGUGGAAGCCAAACUGGCACAGGUGUAGGUCACCUUCACGGGAGUGGAACUGGGAACCUGCCUUUCAAUGGUGGAAGCCAAACUGGCACAGGUGUAGGUCACCUUCACGGGAGUGGAACUGGGAACCUGCCUUUCAGUGGCAACAGUAGCACUAGUGAAACGAAUCAUGCUAGUGAUGAUGACAGCACAAAUCACAUUUCUGACAAGGGCAUUGCCUCGUUUGACCACAAUGAAGUCAAGUCAGGAAGCGACAAUCCAGGUGGUGGCAGCCUUUUGAGCAGAACUCACUUAACUCACGAUGAUGCUGGAGCUGGAGAAGGUAUCGCUUUGAAAGUUGAUCUGAAAAACGUUGGUCUCCCCAAAGUUAAGGCAGACUGAUGGUACACAUCUCCCAUUGCUACCUAUAUAACGUUACAAAAGCUGCACUUUUCUUUUGACAAUCUGUAUCUACUCAAUAAGUGAAAUAACUUUAAUAAGACAUGUCAAAAAAUAGGUUAUGAUAAUAUCGCUAACAACAGCUAGGGGCAUUUUUGACACGGAAGUAUUUUAAACUUUGGCAUCCGUUUCUUUAUGAAUGUGUUGGCUUGCUAAAAUGUGAAGAAAUGUAAUUCCAAUAAACUGUUCUUAGAUAUGUAAGUUUGUUUUAUGUAAAGCUUUAAAUUUUGUUUUUCCAUUGCCUUUUGAAAUAAAGAUGAAAAGUAUA